CUCCUCCUCUUUAACGGUAGUUUUUUUCUACAUUUUCAUCCGUGAUGGCGGAGGACAGCGAAUCUGCAGCCAGCCAGCAGAGCUUGGAGCUGGAUGACCAGGACACCUGCGGUAUCGACGGGGACAACGAAGAGGAGAAUGAACACAUGCAAGGUAGUCCAGGAGGAGAUUUGGGAGCUAAAAAGAAAAAGAAGAAACAGAAGAGGAAGAAAGAGAAGCCAAGUUCAGGAGGAACAAAGUCUGACUCUGCCUCCGACUCUCAGGAGAUGAAGAACCCCGGUCUCCCCAUGCAGAAGCUCCAAGACAUUCAGAGGGCCAUGGAGCUGCUGUCAUGCCAGGGUCCAGCCAAGAGCAUCGACGAGGCAUCCAAACACAAGUACCAGUUUUGGGACACACAGCCUGUACCCAAACUCAAUGAGGUGGUGACCAGCCAUGGGCCCAUUGAAGCAGACAAGGAGCACAUGAGGCAGGAGCCGUACUCCCUCCCCCAGGGCUUCAUGUGGGACACGCUGGACCUCAGCAGUGCAGAUGUGCUGAAGGAGUUGUACACGCUGUUGAAUGAAAACUACGUGGAGGACGAUGACAACAUGUUCAGAUUUGACUACUCGCCCAACUUCCUCAAAUGGGCGCUGCGUCCCCCUGGCUGGCUACCUCAGUGGCACUGUGGAGUGAGAGUGUCCUCUAACAAGAAGCUGGUGGGCUUCAUCAGUGCUGCUCCUGCUGACAUCCACAUCUAUGACAUGUUAAAGAGGAUGGUAGAGAUCAACUUCCUGUGCGUCCACAAGAAGCUGCGUUCGAAGCGCGUGGCUCCAGUCCUGAUCAGAGAGAUCACACGGAGGGUGAACCUGGAGGGGAUCUUCCAGGCGGUCUACACAGCAGGAGUGGUCCUGCCCAAGCCCGUGUCCACGUGCAGGUACUGGCAUCGGUCUCUGAACCCCAGGAAGCUAGUGGAGGUCAAGUUCUCCCACCUGAGCAGAAACAUGACCCUACAGCGAACCAUGAAACUCUACAGACUACCAGAUAGCACAAAGACCCCAGGGCUCCGUCCGAUGGAGAGGCGGGAUGUCAGCCAGCUCACAGAGCUGCUUCAGAAACACCUGAGGCGUUUCCAGCUGGCGCCCUCUAUGGGAGAGGAGGAAGUGGCUCACUGGUUCCUGCCUCAGGACAACAUCAUAGACACGUUUGUGGUGGAGGGUGCUGGUGGUGUGUUGACUGACUUCACCAGCUUCUACACCCUGCCCUCCACGGUGAUGCACCACCCGCUCCACAGGAGCCUGAAGGCUGCGUACUCCUUCUACACUGUCCACACACGCACUCCUCUGCUGGAGCUGAUGAACGACGCACUGAUACUGGCCAAACUGAAAGGCUUUGAUGUGUUCAACGCUCUGGACCUGAUGGAGAACAAGGUUUUCCUGGAGAAGCUCAAGUUUGGCAUCGGAGACGGGAACCUGCAGUAUUACCUCUACAACUGGAGAUGCCCUCCCAUGGACCCUGAGAAGGUCGGCCUGGUACUACAGUAACAAGGCUGGUGUGGGCUGCUUCACACUGAUCUGCAGGUCCAUCAUCAGUUCCGACAUCAGACUUUUCCCCAACCAGGACACAGUUAGUCCUGUUCUCCACAGGACGACUACAGAGCAGUGAUGGAAAGCCUGUCUUUUGGAGAAGCUCUCCAAGCUUGUGUUGGCGUCAUGGAAACCAUUCUCUCAUAAGCAAAUGAUAACUCUUCAUCAAUAUCUUGAAUGUGAAAUUAUGCUCUGCCUGAGAUACUCAGACCAUACAGUACUAAAAACACACACACACACACACACCCAUACAGUACUAAAAACACACACACACACACCCAUACAGUACUUAAAACACACACUCGGACAGUACUUAAACACACACACACAAAAACAUUCACACUUACAGAAUAUGUAAGUAAGCAUGUACACAUACAUCAACUUACACACAGCCAUGUGCACACACGCACGCAACAAGGAAGAACAGACUUGCAUCCCAAAAGAAUCACAUGGUUUUUGUCAGUUUGAGAAAGCAGAAAUGUAGUCACCUGUACAUGUAAUGCCAGAUAAUAUGUAUUCCUGUAGUAAAGGGCCGGAGGGUUGACAGAACAGA